CAGGAGAACUGGGCUCUGGACCUGGUGACCAAAGCGGGGCUGGUGGUGUCGGUGCUGUGCUUGGUGUUGGCCAUCGCCACCUUCGUCGUGUGCCGCGUCCCCAAGGGGCUGCGCCGCGUCCUCCACCUCCACCUGAGCGUGACCCUGCUGCUGGCGCACGGCACCUUCCUGCUGGGCAUCGAGAGCACCCGCAACGCGACGGUGUGCGCGGUGGUGGCGGGGCUGCUGCACUUCUCCUUCCUGUCCGCCUUCACGUGGAUGUGCCUCGAGGGGCUGCACCUCUACAUCCUCCUCGUGCGCGUCUUCGAGCCCUCGUGGCUGCGCGUGUGGCACGCGCUGCUGAGCGGCUACGGGCUGCCCGCCCUCCUCGUGCUCUGCUCCGCCGCCGCCUUCCCGGGGGGAUACGGCACCACGCAGUAUUGCUGGCUGUCCCUGGAGCGAGGUUUCCGCUGGAGUUUCCAGGGCCCCGUGUGCCUCGUUGUGGCG